AUGUCUUUACAAUCAUACAUCAACAAAAAAAUUCUGGUCUUGACCGUCGAUGGCCGGACACUGCUGGGCACCCUUCUAUCGACGGAUCAGCUGACGAACUUGGUACUCCUUGAUACGAUUGAGCGCAUCAUCCGGACGCCCGAUGACCCGGAACCUAGCUCGCAAAUCGAACACGGACUCUAUCUUAUUCGCGGCGACAAUGUGGUAUUAUGCGGGGAGAUCGACGAGGCUAUUGACCGUGACAUCGACUGGACCAAGGUCAAGGGCGAGGUAGUGAAAGGCACGAAGAAUGCGUGA